CCUAUCUCGAUUCUCAUUCAAGGCUCUCUGUUCUGGAAUUUACCGAGGCUCAUGAAUCCUCCGUUUGUCUCACUGCCGCAACUUGCGCCGGCUGGAUCCGGUUUACUCGGUUUAUACCUAAUUUCUAAUUUACUUUCAGCCGUUCCAUAAGGCAAACUCUAUCAUUUCUCCGUAAUAAAAAUAUCAAUUGACUUUUUAUUAAUACGGACCAAUUACCAUCGCAUUUAGUCUCAUUCAAUAUGAAGAUUGAAGGCAGAACAUUCGUAGUCUCCGGCGGAGCCUCUGGCCUUGGACAGGCUUGCGUAGAGGAGAUCUGUCGAAGCGGCGGUAACGCCACCGUCCUAGACUUAAAUGAGGAGAACGGCAACGCGGUGGUUAAUAAGCUUCCCAGCGGAACAGGGAAAUUCUUCGUAUGCGACGUGCUAGACACUGAGAGUAUUGCGGCGGCUGUCAAAGGUACUGUCGAAUGGGCGCAGAAGACGGGGAAGCCCUUAGGCGGUGUCAUACCUGCUGCCGGCGUUGGUAACCCAACCACAAUACUAGAUCGUGACGGAAAUGCCUUCAGCAUGGAGAGUUUCGAUUUUGUUGUAAAUAUCAACCUAAGAGGAACAAUUGACUUGAUACGGCAGUGUCUCGUCCACAUCGCCAAGACCGAACCCGUAGGUCCCGACAAAGAACGAGGUGUGGUCAUCAUGGUAGCUUCGGUCGCGGCGUUUGACGGGCAGAAAGGCCAGGUUUCGUACGCGGCCAGUAAAGGUGCAGUUGCAGCCUUGACUCUACCUAUGGCAAGGGACUUAGCACGCUAUGGUAUCCGUUGCGUAACUAUCGCUCCAGGAGUAUUCGAGUCACGAAUGACGGCCGUGAUGCCCAAAAAGUUAUUCAAGGGUUUAGAAGCGGUCAUGGAGUUCCCGAAACGUGCAGGACAACCCGAAGAGUUUGCCCAGUUGGCUCGGCACGUCAUCGAGAAUUCUAUGUUAAAUGGUACAGUAAUCAGAUUAGACGGGGGUUUAAGGAUGCCAAGCAAGAUCUAAAAGCGGUACAACAGCAAUUAUCACGAUUAACCAGGGUGCAGGCAUUGGGGAAGAUUUCUUUUUACUUCUUUUAGUGUUUGUCCGAUUGAAGGAAGCUGACAAGAAAUAACUUGGUCGAUUAUGGCUUGACCAGAAAACAACGCGAUAGCCUUUCCUAUCUAUCA